AAAACGACGCUUCAUAAAAGCCCAAAGCGUCUUUAGGUGUAUAAGAUCCGAAGUUACAAAGGGUGAAGGGGGUUUGCAAAGAGAAUAGGUUUCUUGGGAAGAAGGAAAGAGGAAGAAGAAGAAGAAGCAAACACCGAAGAGAAACCAGAAAGUAUGGAUCCGAAGGUGACCGAGGUCUCACAGCUGUUUGAGCGAUUCAAAGCUGCCUUAGUGCGUAAUGAUUUCGAUACUUGUUCCAGACUUCUCUCUCAACUUAAGAUCUUGUUGAUAGAGUUUAAGAGCCUCCCACCAUUGUUUGCUGAAACUCCUAAUGCAGUUCAAGAGUUAACUCUAGCAAGGGAUAUAUAUGAGCAUGCUGUGGUGCUUAGUGUAAAGAUGGAAGAUCAAGAUGCAUUUGAGAGAGAUUUCUUUCAGCUGAAACCAUACUAUACGGAUGUUGGCAAUCGUCUCCCACAAUCCCCCCAGGAGUACCCCAUUUUGGGUCUUAACCUUUUGAGACUUCUGGUACAGAACAGGAUUGCUGAGUUCCACACUGAAUUAGAGUUGCUUUCAGCCAAUGCUCUUGAGAAUCCUUGUAUCAAGCAUGCAGUGGAGCUUGAGCAAUCAUUCAUGGAAGGUGCUUACAACCGUGUAUUGACAGCCAGACAGACUGUUCCCCAUGAAACUUAUGUUUAUUUCAUGGAUCUCUUGGCAAGGACCGUCAGGGAUGAGAUUGCAGGGUGUAGUGAGAAGGCGUACGACUCUCUUAAGGUUGAAGAUGCUCGCCAAAUGUUGUUGCUCUCAUCAGACAAAGAGCUUUUUGAAUACAUCAAAGAGGAGCAUCCAGAGUGGGAGGUGAAGAACGGAUGGUUGGUAUUCAACAAGGCAAAAGAAUCAGCAGCAUCAUGCAAGGAGAUUCCAUCUCUCCAGCUCAUAAACCAGACUCUCAGCUACGCGAGGGAGUUGGAGCGCAUUGUUUGAUCAUCCGCAUUCCCCGUUUCUCAAAUGUCAAAUUAUAUGUUUCUUGAUUUCGAAAAGCUUGUUAUUUGCUUUCUGGAACUCAACCAGAGACUGCUUUGUAAUUUACUUAUAAUCUCACUGCUUUGUGUUAUUUUUAAAGUUGAUUUGUAGUCUCGCUGGGACUUGUUUUCUAAAGUGAUCAUGUCUUUUCUAA